AUGGAACUCGUUCUCAAUCGCGUGGAUUACGCUCAGGUUGAUAUAACUUCACCGAAAUGCACUCGUCUGCUGCCCCCGACCGAGGCCAAGGGGAUCCAGAAGGUUGUAGUCGGCAACCACAAAGGCGUACUUCACUGUUUCUCGAUGAAAAAGGUUGACGUGCAAACAACUUUUAAAACCCUCCCCUGUUCCGGUAAAAUCAAACACGUGGAUCUCGCCGGGCCGGUUGGAUCCGCGCAGGAUAAGAUAUUCAUUGCGAUCGGCAGCGAGAUACAAGGCUUCACGAAGAAGGGGAAACAGUUCCUCAAAUUCGAAACCAAUCUCACAGAAGAGGUGAAGGCCAUUGCUGUCAACGGGAACGAUCUGAUGAUCUGCACCGAAUUCAUCUACACCCAUUAUUUCGAUUGCAAAGAGAAGCAUUCCUUCGUGUGCUCCGACGUCAUCAAUGACGUGGUCGUGAUCCGCAGGGAUCAGAACACUCUGCUGGGUGCUCUCGCGUGUCAGGAUCGUCUGAUCAGGAUUUUGAAGGAUGAAGAUUGCAUAUGCGAGAUAGAGUGUCUCGGUCCUCCUUUCACCCUCCUCCACUGCAUAACCGAGAAUGAAAGCGAUGAGAUGAAACCCUCAAUCGAGCUAAUUUACGGGACGACCGACGGAAAUAUCGCUGCGGUCAACAUCGACAACCUCAGCGAGCCACGUCCGGAAUGGGCUAUCCUUGACGAGACUAAACCCGGAGGUGUAACUUGCCUUGAUAUCUACGAUCUGAAUGGUGACGGAACGCGUGACUUGAUCAUCGGUCGAAACGAUGGGAACGUCGAAGUUUUCUACUUCAACGAUGAAGACCAACCAGUCAAACGAUUCUCCUACACUUGUAAUGAAGGCAUCACUUCCGUCAUCGGGGGAAUCGUGGGCAGCCCAGGAUACGAGGAAAUUCUGGUUACCACAUACAACGGCUGGAUAUUCGGAUUGACCACUGAGAACAAGGACAAGCGUAUCGAUCCAAACUACAUACUCAUAUCCCAAGAGUCUGCCCAGAAAAUCGUCUCUCUGAGGGAAGAAGUCGACGAACUCAAUCGGAAAGUGGCGAGAAUGAAGGACGCUUAUCGCUCCCUGUCUCUGCAGCCCGAGAAAACGGUCUCAGCGGUGCCAACGCUCUCGGUCAGUGAGUCGUUCGUCCUCAACCACGUCGAUGCGUCCUAUCUGCUGUCAGUUGAGAUGCAGAUGCCCAUCGAGUUCAUUCUGAUCCAAUGCGAUGCGCCAAUGGACGUCUUGGACUCCGACAAAAAUACUUCCGUCGUAAGCUUCAGUCCAUGUACCCCGGAGAGCGGAAACUUCCUGCUUGCAACGAUGAGGUGUCAGGCAGACACGACCAGGAUCGAGCUGAAAGUUCGCUCCAUCGAAGGCCAGCCUGGUACUCUGAGGGUAUACGCAGCCCCGCGCCUCCAGCCGAAGUGCGCUCAGCUGUUGAAAUAUCCCGUGAAGCCGCUGUCCCUCCAUCGGAGAACGAACAAACAAGAUCUGGACAGGCCCCUCAAUACGUUGACUUUACGGGGCAACUUCUCCUUGGCGGAGAUCCAUGCGUGGGUUGCGGCCACUCUUCCCGAAGUUCCUCAGAAAUUGAUGUCGGACAAUGACGUCAAUUUAAAUUUCGUAUCUACGUUCCUAGACACUGUACUUUACUGCACUUAUAGGCGAAGCGAAGCAAUAUUCAAGUCGGACAAUAUAUCAACGAUGUCCAUAUUGAAAGAUUCUCUCACGAACGAAGGUACAAAGAAGAAGAUUCUCCUAGAUAUCUCUUGCGAUGUGAACGAGGAGAGUAUCAAACAUACGCUCAGCUUGAUAUAUCCCAAGUUGGAAUCUCAGCUCUUGCUCUCUCGUAAAAUCCAACUGAUCGAUGCUUUGAACGAGUUGAGAGUACACGAGGGGGAUGCAUCAUUCAUGCCACCCCAGUACGGGGAAAUUCUCGAGCAGGCCGCCCAGUUGCAAGCUGAGUUCAAGCGUCAACCGAAUCAUCUGGAAAGGCUCUAUGGCAUGAUAACCGAUCUCUUCCUCGAUGCUCACAAGUUCCGCGGAGUCAACGUCAAAAGCAGAGUAUCAGAUCUCAUGGCGCUUUUGGAAUCCGGAGAUUUCGAGGCGAUUUGCAAGAUGCAGAGCCUCUCGACGAUCUACGAAUACGUCGCCGAACACAAGCGGCCGUUCCCUGUUAGGAUGACGAUGCAUUUGCUCGGAAUCCACUCCUUGGAAACCGUGGAGAUGCAAUUCCGCAUGGAAGUCAUGUGCGAGACCCGUUGGAGCCUGCCUACAAGCACGCGGAAGCAGCUGCGAGAAGCACUUGAGCGCAAAGGCGUGAAUCCGGAAGCGGAAUAUGUUUACCUCUCGUCAGAUCUGGUCAUAGGUGACGAACCAUGGAAACCGGAUCUUUACUUCGUGCAGGCCUUGAAAGUGAGCACACCGUCAACCAAGGAGACCUCGCAAGUUUUCAUGGGCUUCGAUAAUUUGACCGAAAUAAUCCUUCAUCAACGGCUAUCGCUCGUCAUUUCUUGUCAGCUGGAUUUGAAACGCUACCCCUUCGAUUCGCAUAGAUGUUUGUUGCAUGUCAGGAGCUUUCUGCUCCCGGCCUCCCUUCUCGAAUUCAAACUCCUUUCGCCCAAGGUAGAGAUAAGCAGACGAGUUCGACGGCAGAUGAUCGGAUUCGAGUUUCAACUGCAUCUACAUGAAACACAGAUUAGCUACGGCGAAGAGCUGGGAGAGCCUUUCAAUGUUUGGUUGAUGGACUUUCGCAUCGAACGUGUACCAAUGCAUCAAAUAUUGACGUCAAUUCUGCCAUCUACCAUGCUGGUCGCUGUCGGUUUCUCCGUGCUCUUCAUGGACGCAAGUGCGACAGCUGAAAGGAUCUCGCUGAGCGUCAUCACUCUUCUGACACAAUACACUCAGCUCGCGAUCGUGAGGAGGACACUCCCACCGUGCUCAUACGUGACGAAUAAUGACGCGUACAUGUUCGCAUGUCUUAUCAUCAUUCUGCUGAUUGUGAUUGAAUGCGUCUUGCUCGACCACAUACACAAGAGAGAAAACGUGAAUAUCCGAUUCGGGCUGAUCGAACCGCUCGAUCAGGUACCGCGCUCAUGA